AUGACACAACAAUACAUUUGCCGUUUGUGCGGGAACGAUUACUCGGAUGAGUUCUUUCAAAUAUACGAUGAAAAUGGUAAUCCCAGUGAAGGAUAUAAAAUUGCAGCAAAUUUCUUUAACUCAAGGUUUUUGGAUUUAAAAAACGGCAAUCCCCUAAAAAGCAUGUGUUCCGAUUGUUGGACUCAUAUUUAUGAAUUUCAUAAAUUUCAAGGAUUUGUAUUUCAAAUGGAAACAAAUGUUAUUGCAAAGCUACAGGAGAUUAAAGAGAAUUUGGAUGAAGAAAAUAAAACUACUACAACGAAAAUUGAAUCAUAUGAAAUAUCCGAUGAUAGUGACAUGGAAGAUAAUGUGGAGCUAACGACGACAAAUAGUGCCAACGAAGAAACCCUAAACUAUGAAAGUGAUUGUGAAGAUGAUUAUGAUAUUUCAUAUUCCGAACUAGAUGAAUUGGAUACAGAUUUACGAUCCCAAGAAAAUGUAACGGAGCAAGAAAAAGAAUGUAAGCCAGAAAAUACUACCGCGCAACAAAAUGACCGAAAUCAUCACAACCAUGAUGAUGACGAUGAUGUCGAUUAUAAUCCAAAAUGUGAACGUACGAAAAAUCGUAAAAGAAAACGUUUGCGAAUGAAAUACUUUGCCACACCGCCACAAGACUCAACAUAUCGAGCGCAACAGAAUCCAGUAUUUUUAAAAUUCAUUGAAUCCGAUCAUCGAACUGCCACGGAUGCUGAUGAACUCAUUGCUCAGUGGCUUCCCAAAUUACCAUGUACCGAAUGUAAUCGAGAAUAUGCCACGUUUACCCUGCUGAAAGAACAUUUCCAAGAUGCGCAUAAAGAUAAACAAUUCUACGUUAAAUGUUGUCAACGUAAUUUUAUCUAUCGCUGUCAAAUUGCCGAACAUGUUUGCCUACACUUCGAUCCAUAUAUAUUUAAAUGUCGCAAUUGUGGUCGUGUCUUUACGAAUCGUUCGAAUUUGUGCUCGCACAAAAAUGAUCACUGCACACCGUUGGAGCCGACGCGAGAAACGCGGAAAACCUUUAAAGAAUUGGAUGAUAUUAUAGCGAAAGUUAAACCGAAAUUGGAAUGUGUAGUGUGUAAGGAAACAUACGAUACAUUUACACUGUUGAAGCAGCAUUUUCAAUUGAAACAUUCAAAAAAUAAAUUUUAUGUUGUUUGUUGUCGUCAUCGGUUUGCGACCAGAUAUCGCAUGGAGGAGCACAUUCAAACGCAUUUGUAUCCAGAGGAUUUGAAAUGCGCCACGUGUAGUAAAUGUUUUGCGACCAAAGAACUUGUGCAGGCCCACAAAUGUAAUGUCCGAUAA